GAUUAAGUGCACACCGCACUACUAAGCUUAAAAUUUAGUCAAAUCUUUUGUAGAAUGCUAGUGUGCUGAAAAGUGUUUUUUAAUAAGACUCAUAUCUAUAAAACCACAAGCAGACGUAACAAAAUCAUCAGUGAACAACUAAAGUUGCUUAAACUACAACAUCUUUUCUUGUAAUAAAACUUCAAAAAAAAAAACAAAUUAUCAAACAAAAUGCCUUGCCCCUGUGGAACUGGUUGCCAAUGCACUUCCCAAAACCAAGCCGCCAAUUGCAAUUGCAAAAAUGCUUGUCCCUGUGGAACUGGUUGCAAAUGCUCUUCCCAAAACCAAACUGGUAAUUGCGGUUGUGGUAGCUCUUGCAAAUGCGGAUCUUGUCCUUGUGGAACUGGUUGCAAAUGCACUUCUCAAAACCCAUCUGCCAAUUGCAGUUGUGGUACCUCCUGCAAAUGCGGCUCAACCAAGUAAUGUUUUUGCUGCCACAAAUGGAAUGUAUAAUAUUUAUUUAAAAUUUAUAUUUAUCAAAAUUUUGUGAUAUUUUUUUAUAUUAAAUCUAACAAAUGUAUUAAAAUUUAUUAUAAUAAUUUAAUUAUUUUAAAAAAUUUAUGUUUUGGCUGUA